AUGGGGAGCCUCCCAGGGGACGCAAUCCUCAACAUCCUCUGCCGACUAUCGGUCAAAGAUCUGCUGCGGUACAGGUGCGUUUCCAAGCCCUGGUGCUCCCUAAUCGACGACCCUCAUUUCGUCAGGACGCACCUCGAACACUCCAUGGAAACCGAUUCCAACCUCAGCCUCAUUCGCGGCGACCGAGAGCUCCACUCAAUAGAUGUCGACACUCUCGACUCAGCCAUACGACUUAAUCCCGUCGACGUGUGUGGGGUCGAGAUUUUGGGUUGUUUCAAUGGUUUGCUCGUUCUGACAAAUUCAAUUGGAGAUAUGGCUAUCUGGAACCCAUCCACUAGAAGGUACAAGAUGCUUCUCCUUUCUGAUCUUAUCGAGAACCCAUUUCCGAACGGUAUUAUCGAGUUUGGAAUCGCCGGAUUUGGGUACGACUCUGUGAAUGACGACCAUAAGUUGCUUAGGAUGAUACAUUAUUUUGGGGUGGAUAUUCGAUCUUUCCGCUCUGAGAUCAAGGUUUAUAGCCUAAAAUACAACACUUGGAAGAGGGUUGGUGAUUUUCCCUACCGUGAUGGUUAUAAACAUCAUGGGAUCGGCGUUUUCGUUAGCGGUUCUUUGCAUUGGAUGGUGACCCGGGAGUCCCAAUCCUAUGCUUCCUUCUUCGUUGUCGCUUUUGAUUUUGCUACCGAGGAAUACCGCGAAAUCUCGCUGCCGGAGAAGAAGGCUAGUGAGAAAGAGGCUUUUUACACGAACCUGGCACCACUAGGCGGGUGGCUUUGUAUGGUAUGCAUCUACAGUGGGAAUGAGAAAGCGGACCAUGUUGACAUCUGGGCAAUGAAAGAAUAUGGGGUUAAGGAGUCUUGGACUAAGCUGGUCUCGGUGUUUCCUUCGAGUGUGACUGGCCCUUUCGACUAUGCCACUCCACUUGUGUACUUCAAGAAUGCCCGUCAGCUUCUUUUGGAUCAGGGUGGUGAAAAGUUUAUGUUGUAUGAUCUGAAAAAGAAUACGGCUAAGAGUGUGAUUAAGAUUUCUGACAUUACUAAAUGUUUUGACACUUUUGUUUGUGUGAGAAGUCUUGUGGGACUUGGUGGAGGUAAAAGGGGCAGCAAGGGGAAGAAGGCAGAGGAGAAUGGGAAUAAAAGAAAGAAGCAGGAGCAGCAACUGAGAGGACGUAAGAGGUAA